AUGUCUUCCGAUCUCCUUGGCUCCAAGUUCACCGACGAUGACACCACCGCCGUCAACACGAUCCGCACCCUUGCGCUCGAGUGAGUGCAUCUCUAUCGCUCCCCUGCCUCCCCGCCCGUGGGUCGCUCAGCCUCGGUCGCUCGUCUGCCCGAGAUGGGACCCUCUUUGGCUCGCCACGAUGUGUAUAAAUCCCACAAAUCGCGACGUUUCAAUGUAACUGACCAAGUCUCAUGCGCUACAACCUGACAGUACGGUCAACAAGGUCGGUUUAUCAACAGGAUCCGCAUCCACAUGUAUACGGUUGGGCCGCGGAGGCUUGCUCUCGCCCAUCCGUAUUGUUUCUUUUCGCUGACUUGAACCUCGAUAUCAUCUCUCUCUUGACACGCCACACUCGCUACUCGGUAACAGGCCAACUCGGGUCACGUAAGCCUCUCCAUGCCAUCUCCCCGGCAGAACCCCCGAAGCCCCGAGAAUCUGAACCCCGAAAGAUAAAGUGAUGCUGACACAUGAAGACGUCGACCUGUUUUGUCUCGCACAGCCUGGUGCUCCCAUGGGAAUGGCCGUUGCUGCCCAUGUCCUUUUCUGUGAGUCAAAGGAGAAUCGCGCAGGUGGCGUGUCAUCGCGUACCGCUCAACAUCGAGCUCAUUUCCGCCCUCCCUUUCACCUCCAGCGCGAGUAAUGAACUUGAACCCCAAGAACCCUCAUUGGGUCAACCGUGAUCGAUUUGUCCUCUCCAACGGUCACGCCUGCGCCUUGCAAUACGUUCUCCUCCACUUGCUCGGCUACAAGGUCACGAUCGACGACCUCAAGAGCGUAGGCCCCUUUACCGUUUCUGUCGCCGUCCUAGGGGGGGGGUCUCUUAGUAUUCGAACUUGAGAGUAGUAACUGAUCUUAUGUCUCUCGUCCUUAUCAGUUCCGUCAACUCGACAGCAUCACUCCUGGUCACCCCGAGGUCGGCGUCACCGAGGGUAUCGAGGUCACCACAGGUCCUCUUGGCCAAGGUGAGCACCGAUGCGCCACGCCCCAAGAAACCUCGUAUUGACAAGAUCGGACUUCUUGUGUGCUUUUCUCAGGUUUCGCCAACGCUGUCGGUCUCGCGAUCGCCCAGGCCCACCUCGGCGCCACCUUCAACAAGGAUGGCUUUCCCAUCUUUGAUAACUACACGUAAGCCUAAUUGUGGAAGAAGCUGCCACUCUUGGCGUCCGCCGAAUUGCCAGAUUGACUCAGAUCUUGAUCUCUUCUGCGGCUUAGCUACAUGUUCACCGGUGACGGUUGCUUGAUGGAGGGUAUCUCGAGUGAAGCCGCUUCGCUCGCUGGCCACCUCAAGCUCGGCAAUCUCAUCGCCGUCUACGACGACAACCACAUCUCGAUCGACGGUGACACCGCCAUCGCCUUUACUGAGAACGUCGCCAAGCGGUUCGAGUCGUACGACUGGCAGGUCCUCAUCGUUAGCAAUGGUGACGAUGGCUUCACCGACAUCUUCGAGGCCAUCGAGGCCGCCAAGAAGGAGACCUCGAAGCCGACGCUUAUCCAGAUGAAGACCACGAUCGGCUACGGCUCCAAGGACCAAGGCACUCACAGUGUCCACGGCAACCCCCUCAAGAAGGACGACACGAUCAACAUCAAGCAAGAGUUUGGUUUCAACCCCGAGGAGUUCUUCGCAGUCCCCGAGGCCACGAAGAAAAUCUACGGCGCCGUCGGCGAGAAGGGUGCCAAGACCGAGGCCGCAUGGCAGAAGAUGUUCGACGAGUACUCGAGCAAGUAUCCCGAGGAGGCUGCCGAUAUCAAGCGCCGCAUUGCGGGCAAGUUGCCUGACGGUUGGGAGAAGGCCCUCCCCACCUUCACCCCCUCCGACGCCGCUGUCGCCUCGCGCAAGCUGUCCGAGACGCUCCUCGGCAAGCUUUCGGUUGCGAUUCCCGAGUUGAUGUCCGGAUCUGCCGAUCUUACCCCCUCCAACUUAGUAGGGCGAUUUACCUCUGCUCUAAUCGAUGCCUGGGGCAUAUGAAACGGCGAGCUGACCCUGUCGAAACUCCUCCACCGUCCAGACCCGUUGGUCCAACGCUGUUGACUUCCAGCCCAAGGAGAACGGUCUCGGCGACUUCUCGGGACGCUACCUCCGAUAUGGUGUUCGAGAGCACGGCAUGGGUGCCAUCAUGAACGGUCUUGCCGCAUUCGGGUCCGUUGGCGCAUCCCUUGGACAUGGGCGAUUGACGCUGCCCUGGACUGGAAGUAUAGCUGAUAUUGUUUUAUUGCGAACAUACAAACAGCCCCAACUUCAUCAUCCCCGCCGCUGGUACUUUCCUCAACUUCGUCUCCUACGCCGCUGGUGCCGUCCGUCUCGCGGCUCUUUCGCACCUCCGCGUCAUUUGGGUCGCCACGCACGACUCGUGAGGCCUACGAUCUUGAGUCCUUUCUCUAGUCUCUUCCGCUCAAUGCUGAAUUUCGUGACCUCGUUCCUAAACAGUAUCGGCCUCGGCGAGGAUGGACCUACUCACCAGCCUAUCGAGACCGUUGCCCACUUCAGGGCUCUCCCUAACUGCAAUGUGGGUCUACCGCUGCUCCGCACGCAAUGCGACCAAGACCAUGUGCUGACAAUCAACCGUUCUUUCAUCCAGGUCUGGCGCCCCGCUGACGGCAACGAGACCUCCGCCGCUUACUACAUGGCUUUGACCUCGACCCACACCCCGUCCAUCAUUGCGUGAGUUGGGCGAGAAGCGACACUGAGCCAGGAACGACGCUGACCCCGGCCCAUCGAACCGCUAUGCUCCUUGUCACUGCCCCUAGCUUGUCCCGCCAAAACCUUCCCCAACUCGAGGGAUCGUCUCUUGAGAAGGCCAAUAAGGGUGGCUACGUUCUCCACGAUGCGGCUGAUGCCGAUCUGACCCUCGUUUCGACCGGUUCCGAGGUCUCGAUCAUCGUCGAAGCCGCAAAGGCUCUCGAGAAGAAGGGCCUCAAGGUCCGCGUCGUCUCCUUGCCGUGCUGGGAGAUCUUCGACCAACAGUCCAAGGACUAUAGGCUCUCGGUCUUCCCCGACGGUGCCCCCGUCGUCUCGGUCGAGGCUUACACCGUGAGUCCGCUUGCCGCCGGGGCUCUUGCGUUCGGUCCGGCUGUGGCUUCCGUUUUGAGCGCGGCGCUGACAACGAAGAGUGUACCCAUUGCUAUCCUUCUGCAGACUCUUGGAUGGUCGAAAUACGCUCACGAGUCGAUCGGUAUCAACACCUUCGGUGCUUCGGGUCCUUAUCUUAAGGUCUAUGAGAAGUUCGGCAUCACGGGCGAGAGUGAGUGGCGCGACCGGCCCGGUUGACCUGCACGCGCUGUAUUCAUGCUGACGGGCUCGUGCCGUCUCCCCGAACGUUCCUUCCCCCGAACAGAUGUCGCCGCCAAGUCGCAGCAAGUCGUCGAUGCCUACAAGAAGGCGGGCCACUUUGUCGUCUCGCCCCUCAACAAGGUGUUGCUGUAA